CCUUCGCGCAAAAUCCGUCUCAUUAUCGUAUCAAUCACCAAGGACGGAAGAAUCCCAAGACAAGACCCAACCGAGAUCCUCCUCCCGACACCGUAAAGAGUCAAAAUGUUGCUAAACCAACUCAUGUUCUGGCUGAUGAUAUCAGAGGCCAUCAUCUGCCUGUUGCUGAGCCUCCCGUUCGGCCAGUGGAUCGCGCACGCCGUCAUCACCUUCCUAGCGAAGACUCUAAAGGACACUCCAGCCAACACAGUGGCCACUGUGGUGCUCUCCAUCAUCUCGCUCCUCUUUAUCUCCGAUGUCAUGACAGUUUACAAGCACUCGUCGUCGGACGAGGUGCUGGGCGAUGGCAUGCGUAUCCGUCUGCUCACAGCCCAGCGGGACAUGUACAUCACAGGCUUCUGUCUCUUCCUGUUCCUGCUGCUACGUCUCGUGUACAUCACGCUAGCUACUAAUCUCCGCUUGGAGAAGAGUCUAGGAGCCAUGACGAAGCAGGCGGAGGGAGCUGCAGCCGGCUACAAGUCGCUGUUGGCUGAGAACGAGUCGUUUAAGAAGCAGACGGAGAAGCUGCACCAGUUGCUGGGCGAUGAAGAAGGAGAGGAGAAGAAGAAGAAAGUGGACGCUCUAGCCAGAUUGGUGCAGGAGAAUGCGGAUCUGGAGCAGAAGAUCAAGACAUUGGACGAGAAACUUAAGAAAGCGGAAGAUCAGGUCGCUUCUGUGACAAAACAAGCGGAGGGGCAGAGCUCGGCUUACAUGAAACUUAUGGACGAGAAGAACGAGUCGGACAAGCAGCUCGAGACGGCCAAGACACAGGAAGAAGAGAUUAAGCGUCAACGUGAGCAGAUUACCAAGCUCACGGAGGAACGUGACUCGUUGAAGACGCAGAUCCACGACUACGACUUCAUGUUCGCUGAGGCCAAGAAGAAAGCUGAAUAAGCUGCAGAGAUUUAACGACACAGACGCAGAGCAGAAGCCAACAUAACGAAAGAGAAACCGCGAAUUUACCUGUAAUUUUUUUUUAUUUCUGGUUUUUUAUUUCGUUGUUAACGCAUUUUCAACACAAGAAAAAUAUUGACAUAAUGCAUAUUUAUUUAAUUCUGUU